GGAAACAGAACCUCAAGAUUCAUUUUCUUUCUCUCCUUAGCUGGAAAGAGGGGAUUUCCUCUCAGAAGAAUGGCGAGAGAGAAUUGCUAACACAAGCGUUAUAUUUGUAAAUAACUUUGCCUUCGGACCUGAGGUGGAUCACCAGCUGAAGGAACGAUUUGCAAACAUGAAGGAAGGUGGCCAAAUAGUAUCGUCAAAACCUUUUGCACCGCUAAACUUUAGAAUAAACAGUCGAAACUUGAGCGAUAUUGGCACUAUAAUGAGAGUUGUGGAGUUAUCACCACUGAAAGGGUCUGUCUCAUGGACCGGGAAACCAGUUUCUUACUACCUGCAUACUAUCGAUCGAACCAUACUUGAAAACUACUUCUCUAGUCUCAAAAACCCAAAACUCAGGGAGGAACAAGAGGCAGCUAGACGCCGGCAGCAGAGGGAGAACAAGAGCAACACGACAACUCCGACAAAAGUCCAAGAAAACAAGGAUGAUGGUGCUGAAGAAGAGAAGACCCCCGGGGCCAACGCUGUCAAAAAGCCAUCUCCGUCCAAACCGCGCAGCAAGAAGAAACUGAGCAAAAAGGGAAGGAAAAUGGCAGGCCGGAAGCGCGGGCGGCCCAAGAAAAUGAACGUCAUGAACCCGGAGCGCAAGACCAAGAAGAACCAAACCGCACUGGAGCUUCUCCACGCUCAAACUGUAUCGCAAACGUGCUCAUCCUCUCCUCAGGACGCAUACAGGUCACCUCAUAGUCCAUUCUACCAACUACCUCCUAAAGUGCAGCGGCAUUCGUCGAACCAGCUGUUGGUGACUCCUACCCCACCUGCACUACAGAAGCUGCUAGACUCCUUCAAGAUCCAGUACAUGCAAUUCAUGGCGUACAUGAAGACCCCUCAGUACAAAGAGAACCUUCAGCAGCUGUUGGAACAGGAAAAGGAAAAGAACACACAUUUGCUGGGGAAAGCACAGCAGUUGUUUACUCAUUGCCAAGCUCAGAAAGAAGAAAUCAAGCGGCUGUUCCAGCAGAAGUUGGAUGAGCUGGGAGUUAAGGCUUUGACCUACAAUGACCUUAUUCAAGCUCAGAAAGAGAUCUCUGCUCACAAUCAACAGCUCAAGGAGCAGACCAAGCAGCUGGAGAAAGAUAAUGGUGAACUCAGAAACCAGAGCCUGCAGCUGCUGAAGGCCAGGUGCGAAGAACUGAAGCUGGAUUGGUCAACACUGUCGCUGGAGAAUCUGCUAAAAGAAAAGCAGGCGCUGAAGAACCAGAUCUCUGAGAAGCAGAAGCAUUGCUUGGAAUUGCAGAUCAGCAUCGUGGAACUCGAGAAGAGCCAAAGGCAGCAAGAACUUCUGCAGCUGAAAUCGUACAUGCCUCCCGAUGAAUCGCUGCCGGCGCAAACCCGCCACAAAAACCACCUGAGCCGCGAUCCGGAGCCUGAUCACAGCAUGUUCCAACUGGAACUGGAGUGCCCCAAGUUCCCGGUGCCCCAGAUGAACGGCAUGAGCCCUGAACUGUCCAUGAAUGGCCACGCAACCCCCUACGAAAUCCAGCACGCUCUCGGCAGGCCCUCCAAGCAGGGCACCCCGCAGUACGCAGCUUCACACCUGGACCAAGACAUUGUCCCUUGCACCCCGAACCACAACUGUAGGCAGAAGCCGGACAAGGUCUCGAGCUUGUCCUUGCCGGAUUACACCCGGUUCUCCCCAGCGAAGAUAGCCCUGCGGAGGCACCUGAACCAGGACCAUGCGGGCAGGAAGUCAGCUAAUAACGAAAACCAUCAGAGAUCGGAGCACAUAAAAGAGAACGGCGUUGCAUUUCCGAGCCCAAUGAUACCGAACGGCAUAAAGAUGAGCCCUCAGGAACCCCGUCCCUCUUCGCCGGCAGCUUUGCCACCUGCUAACGAGAAGGCUUUGCGAGAGAGGACGCCCGCGAGUAACGGGGAGACCAUCACCAGCCUUCCCAUCAGUAUUCCCCUCAGCACGGUGCAGCCCAAUAAGCUCCCUGUUAGUAUUCCCUUGGCCAGCGUGGUCCUACCUAGCCGUGUUGAGAAGGUGAGAAACACGCCGAGCCCCGUCCACCAGAACCGUGACUCCUUUUCGACACUUGACAAACAAUAUGGUGCUAGUUCUCAUAAUGGCAUGAGCAGUGUUGCUGCCAGCAGGCCACUGACUUUGGCUACCUCAGGUUUUUCUUAUACGACAGGCUCUGGGCUGGCCAACGGGGCCCUUUCAAACAGCCCCGCCCAGCUCAACCACAGCAUCGACCACGCAGCUCUGGAGGACGGGUCCAGUUCGGGAAGCUUGUUCAACUCAACGGGCUCCCGCAGCUCCACUCCACAGCACCCUUCUUUGCUGACGAUGCCCUCACGGAAUUCUGGGCAGAACUCCCCUGCUCACCAGCACUCGGCAAGCCCCAGGCUGAACGGGGCCUCCCAGAGCCUGGGAGGGGUACUGCAGUACAUGGACGCCCAAAAGGCAUUCGCCGAAGGGACUCGGGGAGACAUGCAGGCAGACGCGGCCUUCUCCGAUCCUGAAAGCGAGGGCAAGCGAAGGAUCAUCUUCACCAUCUCUCCUGCCACGGGAACCAUAAAGCACUCACCUUCCAGCAAGCACAGCCCGCUGACAGCAAGCAUCCGGAUGGAGUGCGGCCAGGCCUACCUGCAGGAUGGGAAGAAGCGUGGCCGGAGGAAGCGGUCCUCCACCGGCGCAUCGAGCCUGAAUUCCGGGGUGUCGCCGAAACGCAAAUCGUUGCAGGCAGUGGCCGGGCUCUUCACUCAGCCUUCGGGAUCUCCGCUCAAUAUCAGUUCCAUGGUCAGUACCAUUAAUCAGCCUUUAGAAAUCACAGCCAUUUCAUCCCCUGAAAACUCGCUGAAGAACUCUCCUGUCCCAUACCAGGACAAUGACCAGCCCCCCGUGCUGAAGAAGGAGAAGCCCAUAGUUCAGACCAACGGGAUCCACUACUCACCACUGACCUCCGACGAGGAGCAGGGCUUGGAGGACGACCACAACAGCACCCGGAUCGAAAGGAAAAUCGCAACGAUAUCACUGGACAGCAAAUCCCCACAAAAGCCAAUGGAGAGCAGCAUCAGCAUAGCUGGGAGAAAGCAAGCCAGCGAAAACAUGAACAGCAGCAAGUGGAAGUCCACCUUCUCGCCCAUCUCGGACAUCAACCUGACCAAAACGGCAGACAGCCCUCUGCAGAUGGCGUCGUCCCUGAGCCAGAACUCCCUCUUCGCCUUCAGGCCCUCGGCCGAGGACACGGGCGACGGUCCCAAGGCGGCCGCUCACUCGAGGAAGCACGCCACUGUGCCGGCGACGGGGGCCGAGGGCCACGGCCAGAGCAGCAGUUCCAUGAACGGGUUUGCUUUCAACGGCGGGCUGUCGGCAGACAUUGGUUUACAUAGCUUUAUUGAUGGUGCUUCGCUCCCGCAUAAAACCGCCGACGCGACGGCCCUGGGGAGCUCCUCGCUGGGGUUCCUGGUGCAGCGGAACAAGGAGCCCGGGGUCUCGGAGGCAAACCCCUUCUUGAGCAAAAGGCAGCUGGAGAGCCUGGGCACUGUGAAAGGGGAAGACGUCAGCUGGCUGGGGGCCAAAGGCAAGGAGGCUGGCGAACUGAGCGUCCGUUUGGGGGGCUCUUUGGAAAAGGCCUCGGUGCUACACAACGGCAAAGCCGGCAAAGGGCGGGAGCGGGAGGCGGAGCCCAAGAACGGCCACAACCUCUUCAUCUCCGCCACGGCCGCCGUGCCUUCCGGGGGCCUUCUCAACAGCAAAAGCCUUUCCGUCUCCGCCGCCGGUAACCCGGCCAGCUCAGGCGCCCCCGCUCAGGCGCACCAUCCUUUCUUGAACUCCUUGGCCGCUGGCUCGCAGUUCCCCCUGGGCUCCAUGGCCUUGCAAGCGAACCUCAACUCUGUGACAAACUCCUCGGUACUGCAGUCCUUGUUUAACUCGAUGCCAGCCGCCGGCCUGGUCCACGUGUCAUCGGCUGCAACACGCCUGACCAAUUCGCAUGCCAUGGGGAGCUUCUCUCCUGGGGUUACAGGUGGAACAGUUGGAGGUAACUAGGAUUUCUACCUCAACCAAACAUGACCUAUGCAACGACAACAUGGACCAACUUCUCUCCCGUUUCCACUGAAGGUGCUCACCUGGAAUGCUUUUGGGUUUCUGCUUCCCCUCCCCUUUCUUUCUCCUUUUUUCCCCCCUUUUCUCUUUCUCGCUCACUACUGGACAAAAAAAAAAAAAGGAACGUCGUCUACAUAAAACCAGAGGAAAGAUAAUGCUACUGUGAAUCUAAGUUAAAAAAAAAAAUUAUAUAUAUAUAUAUAUUCAAACUGCAGACGAAAAUGCUUAGAAAUUGCUCCAGUUUGUAUUGUUGGAUAGUUUAGAUAUUUAUAUAUUUUUAAAUGUUAAAAAACCCACAUGCAGGUUUUGUUUUUUAUUUUAUUUUAUUUUUGGCUGUUCUGUUCUGCCUGAAGUCGGGGUUUAAAAAGAGAGAGAGAAACAACCUAAUAAGCAAUCUCUUGGAGCGAAACAAAGGAGCAGAGUUGUGCCCCCCCCACCCCCCCACAGCCUCCCCGUGGUGCUACUGAACAACUGUGCCUCUUGAUGUUCGAACCUGUUUGGUGCUUACCUGGUGGGACGACCGACACCAAGCCACGUUCCCUCGCCUGCCACCGUUCGGCUUCUUAUUUAUUCCGCCUGCUCCUCUCGAUGCACUGAUAGAACUGGCUGGUGUUUGCGGUGCCACAGGAGAGCGGGGGGGGGGAGGGGAGGGCAGCUCUGGGGGAGAGGGCCAGUCGCAGUUCGCCAAGACGUAAUGCACACUGCAAACCGGUCACGCUCACCUUGCCACCAUUGCCGCCCCAGCAGGCUCGCAGCUACGGUGCUUACAUGGGGACUCCGCCCGCAGGAGCGUUCAGACUUUGGUGCGGUUUGAACGGGUGCUCUGCCUUAACCACGCACGAAGGGUUUGGAGGGGGUGGGGGGCGUUGUCCAGAAGCGGAGGGCGGCAGAUCCACUGGGAAAAGCUCCCCUCCUCGGCUGCAGGCGUGAUCCCUGCCCUCACCCUCUCAGGCGGUGGGAUGCCUCGGGCAGGCAGGUAUUGCGGGCCCCAGGCCACGUCGACAGCCGCAGUAGAAAAACCCUCACUUUGCGGCUCUCCGAGGUCCAGGCUCUAGAAGCCUCCACCCCUUACCUCUUCGAGCAGUUUUGUGUUUGCCCCUGCAGGGGCCUCGGUUUUCUGUCUUGAACAGGUUAUUUUAUUUAUAAAAAAACUGGCUGUUGGGAGCCUUGGCGUCGCUUGGGAAGUCUAGCCUUGUGGCUGCCCUCGAGCUCAUGAGAACCGUGGCCGGUGUUCUGACGGCAGGCUGGUCUGGGCCUGAUCCCUACAGGGGCGGAGGUGUCCCCAAUCCCUCCUGGUGCUUUUCUGCAGCUACUGCUCCUCUCAGUAGAGGAGCGGUUCCCAGUGGAUGCUCAGCAAUUAUUCUGUGUGUGUGUGUGUGUUUUUGGGGGGGAGGUCAUAAGCAUGCUAACGAGGCACUGUUGGCUCCUGUUAGCAAGGCCUACUUUUUCCCCAACAGAACUUGGGGAAACUGACAACCAUCUUAAUGCUGGGGCAGACAUUUCUCAGCUUCAUUUUUUUCUUUUUUCUUUUUGGAGGGGGGGGGGGGGUUGGUUUGUUCCUGAGUACAGUGUAUUUUUGUUAGCAAAAGUUUUUUGAUACUUGAUCGAUUCGAGAGACGGCUUGGCUUUUGUAUAUUUUAUUGCCUUCAAACAAAGAAAAAGAAGCGCGCUCGCUUUUGUAUCGCUUUUGCUUCUCGUUAGGCUUUUAAGCGCUGUGUCACACCCGCACCAGAGAGGAUUACACUCACGGCUCCCUGUGAUCUAGCUUGAAGCUUCUCCCCCCCCCCCCCUCCCCCGUGUCACCUUUAUCGAAUCAGUGCAUUUUUUUAAGGAAGAAAAAAAAAUUGUAUUUUGUGACUUGGUGAGGUUCAGUGUACAGAAAAGGAAAAAAAAAAAAAGACGCACCGUUUCUGGGAUGCAGCUAGUAUUUUAUAGAGAUUGUGAUGAGAAUUUAUAAAGAAAAAAAAAUUUCAUAUGCUUUUCAUUUA